GGUACGCCCGAAGGGCGUGCGUGGGCGGUCCGGUUCGCAUACCGUUGCGGUAUGGGCGAAUCGGCUCGGGUUGUGACGAUCGGGAACUUCGACGGCGUGCACGUGGGGCACGGGCGUCUGCUGUCGGCCGCUCGGGGGGCGGCGGGCGAUACCGGGCGGGUGACGGCGGUGGUCUUCGACGCGCACCCGCGGACGGUGCUCCGGCCCGGUGAGCCGGGGCCGGCGGUGCUGACGACGUUCGAGCAGCGGCGCGAGCUGAUCCUGUCGAUGGGUGCGGACGAGGUGGUGCGGCUCUCGCCGACACCCGAGCUGCUCUCGAUGACGCCCGAGGCGUUCGUCGAGCGGGUGGUGCGCGAGCAUUCGCCGACGUGGCUUGUGGAGGGGCACGAUUUCCGGUUCGGGAAGGGCCGGGCGGGGGACGAGCACGUGCUGCGCCGGCUGGGAGAGGGGCACGGGUUCGGGGUGACGAUCGUGGACGAGCAGAUCGUCUCGCUCUCGGACCAGCACGAGGUGCGCGCGAGCAGCACGCUCACGCGGUGGCUCGUGGAGCGCGGGCGCGUCGCGGACGCGGCGCGGGUGCUCGGGCGGCCCUACCGGAUGAGCGGGGUCGUGGAGAUGGGCGACCGGCGUGGUCGGCAGAUCGGCUUCCCGACGGCGAACCUGAACACCCCGAACGCGCUGCCCGCGGACGGCGUCUACGCGGCCCGCGCGACGCUCGCGGACGGGCGGGCGUUCGACGUGGCGCUGCACGUGGGGGAGCGGCCGGUCUUCGACGACACGCGCCGGACGGUGGAGGCGCACAUUCUCGAUUGGGGCGGGCCGGUGUCGGAGGGGGGCGAGGAGUACGGGUGGGACUUGCACCUGGACGUGAUCGCGUUUCUGCGCGACCAGAUGCGGUUCAGCGGGGUGGACGGUUUGAUCGAACAGAUCCACCGCGACGUGGCGCGCUCCCGGGAGGCGAGUGUGUGGGAGACGAACGCGACGAUCGGAGAGAUCGCGGGCGUCCUGCGCGGGGCGGGUUCGGUCCUCAUCCUGACGCACGUGAAGCCGGACGGCGACGCGAUCGGCUCGACGCUGGCGCUGGGGCGGGCGCUGGGCUCGAUGGGCAAGGCGGUCACCAUCGCGUACGUCGGCCCGUGGCCGAGCCGGUACGACGGGGUGCUGGGCGAGACGAGCGUCCUGCACGCGAACGGGGCGACGUUCGCUCAGCCGCCCUUCGGCGAGCCGGACGUGAUCGUGGUAUUGGACACGGGGGCGCGGUCGCAGCUCGACGCGGCGUGCGCGUAUGUCGAGGAGCGUGCGCAAAGGACCGUCAUUGUCGACCACCACGCGCACGGGGACGCGGCGCUGGCGUCGACGCGCCACAUCGACACGACGGCGGCCGCGGCGGCGGUGCUGGCGUCGAUGCUGGUGUGCGACCUGCUCGAGACGAACGCUCGGUCGCUCCCGCGGGAGAUCGCGGAGCCGCUGUUCCUGGGGUGCGCGACGGACACGGGGUGGUUCAAGCAUCCGAACGUGAGCCCGCGCUGCCUGCGGCUGUGCGCCGACCUGCUCGAGGCGGGGGCGGACCACGACCACCUGUUCCGCACGACGGAGCAGAACGAUCCGGCGAGCCGGCUGCUUCUCAUGCGUCGGGCGCUGGACUCGCUGACGUUCCACGACGGGGACCGCGUGGCGGUGAUGGCGCUGCUGGCGAAGGACUUCGAGGAGACGGGGGCGAGCCAGGACGAUUCGGGCGGGCUGAUCGACGUGCCGAAAUCGAUCGGCGCGGUGCGCGUGAGCGUGCUGCUCACGGAGCGGGGCGGGCGGGUGAAGGUGAGCUUCCGCUCCAAGGCGGGCGAGGGCGAGGUGGACGUGAACCAGGCGGCGCAGUCGCUCGGCGGGGGCGGGCACAAGCACGCGGCCGGGGCGACGCUGGACGUGCCGAUGGACGUGGCUCGCGCGGCGGUGCUCGGGGUGUACAAGCGUCCGCCGCUCCGCGUGAUGACGACGACGCUGUGGGAGUACCCGAGCCAGCACUACGGGAAGGGCAUGCAGGGGGACAAGGGGUACGCGGGGGCGACGCCGAGCUGGGUGAUCUGGCAGCUGCUGACGCGGUACACGCGCGAGGGGGACACGGUUCUGGACCCGAUGUGCGGGAGCGGGACGACGCUUGAUGUGUGCUACGACCUGAAGCGGAACGGCAAGGGGUUCGACCUGCAGCCGCAGCGCGAGGCGAUCACGCUCGCGGAUGCGCGGGCGCUGCCGGUCGCGGACGAGAGCGUGGACUUCUUCUUCGUGGACCCGCCGUAUUCGACGCACAUCGAGUAUUCGGACGACCCGCGGUGCAUCGGGAAGCUCGAUUCCGGUGGGACCGACGGCGGGGCGGCGUACUACGAGGCGAUGGCGCAGGUGAUCUCCGAGGCGCACCGGGUGCUGCGGGACCGGCGGUACAUGGCGCUGUACGUGAGCGACUCGUUCAAGAAGGGCAAGCCGUUCAUGCCGAUCGGGUUCGAGCUGUUCGCGCUGAUGCGGGAGCGGUUCAAGCCGGUGGACAUCAUCUCCGUGGUGCGCCAGAACGCGAAACUGACUAGGGGGAACUGGCACAAGGCGGCGCGGGAGGGGAACUACUUUUUGCGCGGGUUCAACUACCUCUUCAUCAUGAAGAAGGAAGAGGGCGGCCCGGACACGAGGGCGAUGAUGCGCUGGAUGGCGAUGGCGGCGGUGUGCGCGGGCUUGUUCGGGUGCGCGUCGGAGGACGCGGCGCGGGUCGGGGCUGAGCGGCGCGCACAAACGGCGGUGUCGUCGUCCUCGUUCCGGUGCGACCGGCUGACGCGGGCGGAGGCGUCCGAGUUCCGCGCGACGAUGCUGUACGACGAGGUGGUGGCGUUCGUGGACGAGCUUGCGGAAUCACAGCUCGCGCACCGGGUGAGCAUGGGGGCGACGGAGGAGGGGCGGGAUCUGCCCGUGCUCGUGAUCGCGGACCCGCCGGUGCGCAACGCCGACGAGGCGCUGGAAUCGGGGAAGGUGCGGUUCUUCGCGUUCGGGGGGAUCCAUUCGGGGGAGUGCUGCGGGAAGGAGGCGCUGCUGAUGUACGCGCGGGACCUCCUGAACGAUCCGUCGUCGCACCGGGACGUGCUGGACACGUGCGUCCUGCUCAUCGCCCCGCUCUACAACGCGGACGGGAACGAGCGUGUGGACGCGGAGAACCGGCGCGGGCAGAACGGGCCGGAACUCGGGAUGGGGGAGCGGGCGAAUGUCAACGGGCUGGACCUGAACCGGGAUUUCGUGAAGCUGGCGUCUGCCGAGGCGAAAUCGAUGAUCGGCUUCUUCAACGAAUGGGACCCGCACGUCGUCUUCGAUUCGCACACGACGAACGGGUCGUACCACCGGUACACGCUCACGUACGACGGCGCGAUGAACCCGAGCGGGGAUACGGCGCUUCUCGAGUACACGCGCGACGAGUUCCUGCCCGACGUCUCUCGCCGUAUGGAGGCGGAGACGGGGUACCUCUCGUUCUUCUACGGGAACUUCGACCGCGAGCUGACCAGGUGGGGGACGUACUCGCACAUGCCGCGGUACGGGGCGAAUUACGUCGGGCUGCGCCACCGGAUCGCGAUCCUGUCCGAGGCGUACGCGUACGCGACGUUCGAGGACCGGGUGCGCUCGACGGGGGCGUUCCUGCGCGAGUGCGUGGAGCGGGCGAGCGAGGACGCGGAGCGGAUCGCUCAGAUGUGCGCGCGUGCGGAUCGGGAAGCGUCGUCGCCUUCGAGCGUCGAGGUGGGCAUCGCGUACGAGAUCGCGCCGUUCGGCGCGCCGGUCACGAUCAAGAGCUACGAGCUCGCCAAGCCGGACCCGGACCGGUGGGGCGUGCGCCCGAUCGCGACGGAGACCGAAGUGGAGUACGAGGUCGAGCACUGGGGGACGUUUGUGCCGACGAGGACGGUGACGCGCCCGGAGGGGUACCUGAUCCCCGAGUCGCACGGGCACGUCGUCGAGAAGCUGCGCGAGCACGGGGUGCGGGUGCGGCCGCUCACGCGCCGGGUGGGCGCGACGAUCGAGCGGUACGCGAUCGACUCGGUCGAGGUCGCGGGGCGCGAGUACCAGGGGGUGCGGGCGGUGACGCUCGAUGUCUCCAAGCGCGGGGAGUGGAUCGGGGUGGGCGAGGGGUGGACGUACGUGCCGACGGAUCAGCCUCUGGGGAACCUUGUCGUGUACCUGCUCGAGCCGGAAUCAGACGACGGCUUGUCGCUUUGGGGUGUCAUCGAUGCGGAUCCGAGGGAGGGGACGAACUACCCGAUCCUGCGGGUGCUGGGGUUCUCCGAAUAG